GUCAGUAUAUAUAGCACCAGGCACAGCUCCCAGGCGGCGGCACAGGCAGCUCAGCUUCAGCAGGGGUGUCAGCAGGACCAAGCAGCCAAGCAGGAUGAAGCUUUCCAGGAUCAUCAUUUUCUGCUCCCUCGUCCUGGGGGUCAGCAGCCAGAGAUGGUUAAGUUUCCUCAAGGAAGCUGGUCAAGGGACUAAAGACAUGGUGAGAGCCUACUCUGACAUGAGAGAAGCCAAUUACAAAAACUCAGACAAAUACUUCCACGCCCGGGGGAACUAUGACGCUGCCAAAAGGGGACCUGGCGGUGCCUGGGCUGCUGAAGUGAUCAGUGAUGCCAGAGAGGCUUAUCCGAGACUCACUGACCUUGUUAAGCAUGGAGACAGCGGCCAUGGAUUGGCGGACUCAAUGGCCGACCAGGAAGCCAACAGAUGGGGCCGGAGUGGCAAAGACCCCAAUCGCUUCAGACCUCCCGGCCUGCCUGCCAAGUACUGAGCUCCUUCACUCUGCUCUCAGGAGAUGGGGCUGUGAGCCCCCAAGUCACUGAGUUCCACAUCCCCAGAUGCUGAC